GUGACCUCCAUGUGGGAGCUAGAGCUCUAUAAGUAAACACUCCGCGCGGUGCAGACAAGGCUGUUUCCUAUUUGUGAGGCGGGGGCUGCUUCAGCCGCGCUUCCGACUGGUUCCGGUUUACUUCCCUCCUCCGCUCUCUUAGGUGGGCUCGCGGUCUAGCAUUCGCCGCCGCCUGUCGGGCCCGGCGUCUGGUCGGUCUUCCUCGCUUGUGCGCGCGCUCGCCCGCCGGCCGCGGAGAACCAGAGCAGCCGGAGAAGCGGCGCGGGCCGGGCGGGGCGCGGCGCCCAGAGCGCAGGGGGAGACAAAGCGAAGCCGGCCCCUUCUCCCGGCGCCGAGAUGUGGAUCCAGGUUCGCACCAUCGACGGCUCCCAGACGCGCACCAUUGAGGACGUGUCUCGGAAAGCCACAAUUGAGGAGCUGCGCGAACGGGUGUGGGCGCUGUUCGACGUGCGGCCCGAGUGCCAGCGCCUCUUCUACCGGGGCAAACAGUUAGAAAAUGGAUAUACUUUAUUUGAUUAUGAUGUUGGACUGAAUGAUAUAAUUCAGCUGCUAGUUCGUCCAGACCCUGACCUUCCUAGCACAUCUAAACAGACUGAUGUACAGGCCAAACCCUGUUCUAAGAGUCCACCUAAAGUAAAGAAAACCCCAAGGGUGGGACCUUCCGGUCAGCCGUCUACAUCAACUCAUGAUUUUCUUAUUGAUCCUGGCAUUGGACUAUACAAGGUAAAUGAAUUGGUGGAUGCCAGAGAUGUUGCCCUUGGUGCUUGGUUUGAAGCACGUAUACAUAGUGUUACUAGAGCUUCUGAUGGACACUCACGUGGCAAAACUCCACUGAAGAAUGGCAGUUCUUAUAAAAGGACUAAUGGAAAUAUAAAUCAUAAUUCCAAAGAGAACACAAAUAAAUUGGACCAUGUACCCUCUACGUCUAAUUCAGACUCUGUUGCUGCUGAUGAAGACGUUAUUUAUCGUAUCGAGUAUGAUGAAUAUCCGGAAAGUGGUACUGUAGAAAUAAAUGUAAAGGAUCUUCGACCACGAGCUAGAACCACUUUGAAAUGGAACGAACUAAAUGUCGGUGAUGUGGUAAUGGUUAAUUACAAUGUAGAAAGUCCUAGUAAUAGAGGAUUUUGGUUUGAUGCAGAAAUUACCACACUGAAGACAAUCUCAAGGACCAAAAAAGAACUUCGUGUGACUGUUUUCUUGGGGGGUUCUGAAGGAAAAUUAAAUGACUGUCAGAUAAGAUUCAUAAAUGAAAUCUUCAAGAUCGAGAAACCUGGAGCCCAUCCUCUUUCAUUGGCAGAUGGAAAGUUUUUAAGGAAAAAUGACCCUGAAUGUGACUUUUGUGGUGGAGACCCAAAUAAGAAAUGCCGUUCUUGCUCCUGUCAUAUAUGUGGUGGAAAACAGGAACCCAACAUGCAAGUUCUAUGUGAUGAAUGUAACAUGGCCUAUCAUAUUUACUGCCUGAAUCCUCCUUUGGAUAAGGUCCCUGAAGAGGAAUACUGGUAUUGUCCUUCCUGUAAAACUGAUUCUAGUGAAGUUGUAAAGGCUGGUGAAAGACUCAAGAUGAGUAAAAAGAAAGCAAAGAUGCCAUCAGCUAGUACUGAAAGCCGAAGAGACUGGGGCAGGGGAAUGGCCUGUGUUGGUCGCACUAGAGAAUGUACUAUUGUUCCUUCUAAUCAUUAUGGACCUAUUCCUGGAAUUCCUGUUGGAUCGACUUGGAGAUUUAGAGUUCAGGUGAGCGAAGCGGGUGUCCAUAGACCCCAUGUUGGUGGAAUUCAUGGUCGAAGUAAUGAUGGCGCUUACUCUCUUGUCCUGGCUGGUGGAUUUGCGGAUGAAGUAGACCGAGGUGAUGAAUUCACAUACACUGGGAGUGGUGGUAAAAAUCUUGCUGGUAAUAAAAGAAUUGGUGCACCAUCGGCUGAUCAAACAUUAACAAACAUGAACAGGGCAUUGGCCCUAAACUGUGAUGCUCCAUUGGAUGAUAAAAUUGGAGCAGAGUCUCGGAAUUGGAGAGCUGGUAAGCCAGUCAGAGUGAUACGCAGUUUUAAAGGGAGGAAGAUCAGCAAAUAUGCUCCUGAAGAAGGCAACAGAUAUGAUGGCAUUUAUAAGGUGGUGAAAUACUGGCCAGAGAUUUCAUCAAGCCAUGGAUUCUUGGUUUGGCGCUAUCUUUUAAGGAGAGAUGAUGUUGAACCUGCUCCUUGGACCUCAGAAGGAAUAGAGCGGUCAAGGAGACUAUGUCUACGUUUGCAGUAUCCAGUAGGUUACCCUUCAGAUAAGGAAGGGAAGAAGACUAAAGGACAGUCAAAGAAGGCCAGUGGAGCCUCAAAAAGGCCAUCUACAGAUGAUGAUUGUCCAAGUGCCUCCAAAGUACUGAAAGCAUCAGAUUCAGGAGAAGCAGUUGAGGCUUUCCAACUAACCCCUCAACAACAACAUCUAAUCAGAGAAGAUCAUCAAAACCAGAAGCUAUGGGAUGAAGUUCUUGCAUCUCUUGUGGAAGGACCAAAUUUUCUGAAAAAAUUGGAACAAUCUUUUAUGUGUGUCUGCUGCCAGGAGCUAGUUUACCAGCCUGUGACAACAGAUUGCCUCCACAAUGUCUGUAAAGAUUGCUUACAGCGCUCCUUUAAGGCUCAAGUGUUCUCCUGCCCUGCUUGCCGGCACGAUCUUGGCCAGAAUUACAUCAUGAUUCCCAAUGAGGUUCUGCAGACUCUACUUGACCUUUUCUUCCCUGGCUACAGCAAAGGACGAUGAUCUGUCUACUUCUACUGUGUUGCUCCCUGUGGCUUUUUGGACAAUAAAGAAUCUAAAAUGGUUGGGGUGGGGGUGGGGGGUGGAAGCAAUGGUGGACCAUAUCUCUCACGUUCUGAAGCAGCUAAUCCUCUUUCCUACGUAGCCAUCAUCUUGUGUGUGUAGUAAGAGGCCCAUUUCUCAACUGUCUUUUAAAUAUCAAAAGGUAGUUCUUGUCAGUUUAACAACUAGUUUUAAUGAGUAAAAAGUCAAAGCCUCAGCUCUAGUUGAUAUCCAAGUUAUGAUUUAUUUUGCAACUACCUCAGGACAGAAAAGAUUUAUGGGGAUUUUUUAAAUCAUUGAAUAAUUAGUUAAAUGAAAUUUUAGCUACACACUGCCUCCCAAAUAUUAGUUGUGCCUGGUUCAUGUAAUUUGAUUUUCAGAAAAGGAAGUGACACUUGAGAUUGUUGGAAUGAACGCAGCUUCUGUAGUGUGCAUAAUACAUUUUUAAUGUCUUCUUCCAUUACAGUGUGUGUUUUGCAGGACAGGUUCAUUUUUUUAGCCAAUUUUGUGAGCUCCAUUGUGCUUUUUUCUGGUGUUUUAUGCAAGCUGACUACUAAUGAAAACAAUAUGAAUGCAUUGUUGCUGCAUUAGUGUAAUGUGGUGUGGUUUUGCACUUAAAAGAGGUAUUCAGAUGAUCUAGUUGUAAAUGUUCAUGUGAAAAGCCUCUUCUGUACUAAUCAAACUGCUUUUAGUGAGUCUCACCAGUGGUUUUACAUCUGCAGAGCAUUGAGGACUGGGCUGACUUUUUGAGAGGAUUGAAAUUGCUUCAUAUUGUGAUCCUAAAUUUUAUAUUCACUAUAUUCCCUAAAGUAUACCUUAAUAAAUAUUUUAUGACCAGAAAAAUAGCUCAUCUUGUUUCACUUUU